GCGCUCCACGGAGUGUUUGUGGCAGCAGGUCCGCCCAGAGCGAAGUUGGGCAGGCUGGCCGCAGGAGGUCAUGGAGCUCUUGCAGAGGCCGGCCGAUUUCCGCCGCAGAACCUCGCAGGCCGACUUGCAGGCGGAGCUUGAGCUCUGGGCUGGAGCCCACCAGAUUCCCCUCGCCAAGAAGGGCACCGCUGGAGAGGACAGCUAUUUCCUGGGCUCCCACUGCCUUGGCGUGGCAGAUGGCGUGGGAGAGUGGCGGUCCGAAUGGGGCAUCGACGCUAGAGAGUUCACAGACGAGCUCAUGGAAGGGUGCAAGAGCUACCUCCAGAACUCCGAGCAUCGUGUGAAUGGGCCCCUCAGCCGGCACGCCCAAGCUGCCAUGCACGAAGGGCAUAGCACCACCAGGUCCUUCGGCUCCUCCACAGCGCUUGUCGCCGUUCUCGGCAGGAGAAAUCAGCUGGGGGUUGCGAACCUUGGGGAUUCUGGCCUCUGCUUACUCCGUCGAGAGGAGGUCUGCCAGGGCAUGCGUAUGGUCUUCCGCACCACCGCGCAGCAGACCGGCUUCAACUGCCCGAGGCAGAUGGGUCACAUCCCCGGAGCCCAGGACUAUGCCGCGCUGUUGGCUCGGGGGAAGGACAGGUUGGUGGACUGCCUGAAGAAGCAGCCCACAGCACAGAAGUGGGAUGAAGCGAAGGACGCGCAGCUCAAUGACGUCCCCGUCCAGCAUGGCGAUCUGGUGAUCGUGUGCUCCGACGGCGUGUUCGACAACUUGUGGGACAAGGAGAUCUGCGAACUUGCUGCCCACGCAGCGGGGCCGCUGGAGGCGGAGCUCG